AUGGCGCGUGCUGCCUUCCUCCCUGCCGCGGCAGCGGCGGUGGCAGUUCUUGCCUGGUGGCAUUCUCGUCGAAGGCAGAAGAAGCCAUACACGUCCAUUGAAGCUGCAGAGGACCCAGAGGUAGUGGGUGCCAUAUUGCCCGAUGCCUACGAGGGCACACGCCUUGCCACGGCGCGCCAUGCAUUCUGCGUGGCCCAUUCCUCUCCGCUAAGUGAUGCAGUGCAGCAAGUGGCAGACCGGACGCAGAAGCUGCGGAUGCCUCAAAUGCUCAGUAGCCCCCUCACAGUGCAGCUGUUGCAGUCAAUAAUCCGGGCCUCGCAGGCCACACGCGUCCUUGAGAUCGGCACCUAUACAGGCUUCACGGCUAUUGGUAUGGCGGAGGCCUUGCCACCCGGAGGCACCGUGGUUUGCUUGGACGAUUUCUCAGAUGAGCCCGACGCCCAGACGGUUUGCGAAGAGGCCAUCGCCAGCAGUGCCGUGAGUGGCCGCAUCCAGCUGCGCGUGCAGCAGGCCUUGCGGGGGCUUAAGCAGCUGGCAGAUGAAGGUGCAGGUCCCUUUGACAUUUGUUUCAUUGACGCGGACAAGGAAAACCAAAUAGCUUAUGUGGAACUCUUAGACGAUGCAGCGCUCCUGAAGCCCGGUGCCUCCGUGCUGGUUGACAACACCCUUUGGUACUCGCGCGUCUUAAGGCCGAGUGACAAGCAUGACAAAGCCACAGCAGCCAUAGCAGAGUUCAACAAACAUGUCCUGGGUGGGCGCUGGCACGUAGCCAUGCUGCCAAUCAGGGAUGGAAUCACCAUAUUGCAGAGGGUGGCGCCUGCGCCUUAA